UUUCAGUGGUAAAGAAGUAUAAUUUCUUCAGGUGAAUUCUAGGAGUGUCAUGGAAUUGGAUCUUUCCAGACUUGAUUAUACCAUUGUUGGUUUAACAUCUAGGAAUUGCAUGAAGUUGCUACCUUCGAAUUAUCUGAAGGAACCUCAAAAGGUGGCUGUAGCUGACAAGGAUGGCAUUCUUCAAGUUUUCAGCAUAAAAAAGGAAGACAUUUCUUUGGUUUUCAAAACCUUACCUGGUUCAGAAAUCACAUCUCUUAGACUCGGAGGUGCUAUGGGGACGUCAACUGAUAAAAUUUUCGUAGCCUUGGAUAGUGAGGUCCACGGAUAUACAAGAAAGGGGAAAUUAUUCCUUACUUUCGACUCUUGCAUGACAGAGCCAAUUGUAUCUAUGUUCGUUUUGGAAAACGAUCUCUUCUUAUGUGGCAAUCACAUAUAUAAUCAUUAUAGGGAUUGUAAAGAGAUUGGAGCUUACCUAUGUGGUGAUAAAAUUGUAGAUGUUAUCGCUUUCCAUCAAGAACAGACUGGAAGACUUAUCUCAUUGAUCGCCUGCGAAGGACGCAUGAUAAGGGUAUUAGAACAUGGUCGAGUAACACUCAGCAUGGAGGUAGACAGCGCACCUACAGUCCUUCAUGUUUUAGAGCAAGAUGAGGAGAAGUAUGUCUUAUUUGGUACUCAAGACGGACGAGUAGGACUUCUGGAUGUGAAAAAUUCUCAAGGUUUCGAAAGAUGGUUGAUUGUCAAUGGAGAAACUUCUAGCAAUAUAUCAUGUAUAGACAGCUAUGACUUGACUGGGGAUGGCAAUAACAAUUUAGUCAUCGGAAAACAAGAUGGUAACAUAGAAAUAUACAAUAUAAAUAUUUCUGAUCCAAACGAUGCAUCGCUCCUCAUAUUUUCUUAUAACUGUAAUGAGAGUGUGACUGCAGUGCAGUGUGGUAUACUGAAUACUGGAGGUUUUGAUGAAGUCUUGGUUUCAACGUACACGGGUAGAAUUUUCAGUUUGACUUCAGAGAAAAUCGAAAAAAAUGUGGAGAAAAACGAACAGGGAGAAAAUAUGAUUUUUUCAGCUGAUACGGCGAACAAAAUCUCUAAACUUAGGAAUGAAAUAGAUGAUUUGCAAAGAAAAGUAGCGAAAGAAAGAGAAAAAUAUCAAUCAUCAACACAGUCUAUUUUUGACGAGUAUUCGGCCAUUCCGCUAUUAGCUGUUAAUGAUUCUUUCAUUUUAGACAAACAGUAUUCCACCUACACUUUGACCAUUGAAGUACCAACAGCAAUAGAUAAUAUACUGCUGCAGAGUGAUGUUAAGCUGGAUCUUUUAGAUGUAGAAAAAAAUUCGGCAGUUGUUAGUUAUAGCGAAUGUUUGGCAGAAAGUCGAAACGCCCUUUUGGUCACGUACCGAUGCCAGAUGAACACAAACCGCCUUGAAAUAAAAAUUCGUACCAUUGAAGGACAAAGUGGCGUUCUUCAAGCAUACAUUACCCCUCUGGUUCAACCAAAAUGCAGCAGAGUGCGUAAAUAUGAAGUAAAGCCGUUGUCACACCAUUACAGGGUACACAAUGUCGAACACUCUGGGAACGUCAAUACCUUGUCAAUCAAGGGCAGUUUCAGUUUGGCUGAAAUUCACGCUUGGAUUUGCAAAUGUGUGCCAGAAGUUCCAGAAAAGCCUCAGGCCACUCAGGCCAACGAAAAUAACAGCAUAUUUUUCAAAUCUUCUUUCCUAGGCACAAUUCUGCAAUGCUGCUACUCGAGAGGAGAUGCAUCUUUCAAAUCCAAUAAUAUUUCAACAAUUUCUAUAAUCAAAGAAUUUAUCAGCAAUGAAGCUACCAAGAAAAAUAUCAAAGUGGAAUUUUCUAUAGGAAUUGAUGAACAGACUGUAGAUGAUGUCCUUAAAAUUUUGAUUCCAAACCUCCAGAAGCAUCAAAAAUUUAAGAAAGACAUAGCCCUCUUGGACGCUUUGCAUGAAUUGGAACUUUCAGAGGAGGAAAACAUGAAUUCUUUGUCAGAAAGAUACAGGAAACUACUGGCUGAAGAAUCGAUACUCCGAAACGAUUUCAAUAAUAACCCAGAUUACUUAGGUCGAUUGUAUGGUAUUGUAUGUGAUCUUUAUGCGGAUUACAACAAAAUGAAGGGUAUAAAUAUAAAAUCCAAACUACCACAAUUGAUGAAAGUGCUUGAAGAUGUUGAUUUCCACAAGCUGCUGGAAUUCUUCAAACCUGAGAAAGGAAUAUCCUAGUCUAGAUGAGCAAAAAAUAAAAUACAAAUGAAUUUAUCUUCACUGUAUAUUGGUUUUAACAAUAUCAAAAUUACUUAUGUUCAGCAAUUCAAAGAAAUAAAUACACUGAAUCUCUUGUUUUGAAGCGAA